AUGGGCUCCGGUGGAUCCGUUCUGACCGACUCCUUGAAGGAUGCCAGCCCGGCACAGGUGGCAGAGACGUUCGGCACUCUCAGCGCCGAAGAUCAGAAGAAGGUCGCAUCGGCUCUAGCCAACGUUGGCGAGAAGGAUGCUCCCAAAGAGGCAGCACCAGAGAAGAAGGAUUCCGCGCUUUCUGAAGAGCAACGCAACAUGUUGAAGGCAGCUUUCGAGGAGAUCGACACAGACAAGUCUGGUGCAAUUGAAGCAUCUGAAUUGAAAGCAGUAAUGGCCAAGAUGAAUGUGCCGCUUUCGGAGGAGCAGAUUGAUGGUGUUUUCAAGCGCGCCGAUGUCAACAAGGAUGCCAAGCUCAGCUUCGAGGAAUAUGAGGGCCUUGUUCUGAAGAGUAUGAAUCACUAA